AUGGCCGCCCCCGCGAAGACCUACACGCUCGAGGAGCUGAAGAAGCACAACACCACGGAGGAUAUCUGGAUUGCCAUCCAAGGCCGAGUCUAUAACAUCACUCCCUUCCUCGAGGAGCACCCUGGUGGUGAUGGCGUCCUCGUUGACAAUGCCGGCCUUGACUGCACCGGCGAGUUCGAGGCUGUGGGCCACUCUGACGAGGCUAGGGCCACCCUUGAGCAGUUCUACAUUGGCGACCUCGUCACGGCCGACGGUGCCCCCGUCAAGUCCGAGAAGGCUCCCGUGCAGCCUAAGGUGUCGCUGGCCGACACCAAGGCACCCAAGCCCAAGGUGGCUGCCCCCGCCCCCGCCGUGUGGAAGCAGGCUGCCGUGCCUCUUCUCAUCAUCGCCGUCGGCUUCGUCCUCCGCUACUACUUCAGCUCCUAA